UGCCAUCUUUGAACCGAGGGAAAAUCUAAAACAAUAUUUGUUUUCAUAAAGUUGUCGGGCUAGUAAGGGAAAAUCAGUCCAUCUAAUGUGGAUAUAGAUCUGCAUCAAAACAUUUCUCCACCAACGACAGAGGAAGAUGUCGCUGGUGGAUUUGGGGAAGCGGCUUCUAGAGGCUGCGCGGAAAGGAGAGGACGAUGAGGUCCGAACGCUGAUGGCCAAUGGAGCACCUUUCACCACAGACUGGCUGGGCACCUCGCCCCUCCACCUGGCUGCUCAGCAUGGGCACUACUCCACAGCAGAAGUGCUACUCCGCGCAGGCGUCAGCAGGGAUGCCCGCACCAAAGUGGACAGGACCCCUCUGCACAUGGCAGCUGCUGAGGGACACGCUGUUAUCGUGGAGUUGCUUGUCAGGAGUGGGGCGGACAUCAAUGCCAAAGACAUGCUGAAGAUGACCGCUCUACAUUGGGCAACGCAGCAUGGCUACCACAAGGUGGCCGAGAUGCUAGUGAAACACGGCGCUGACGCACAUGCCCUCAGCAAAUUCGACAAGACACCACUUGACAUUGCGAUCGACAUCCAGAACGCUGACCUCAUCAUAUUGUUACAGGAGGCCAUGCAGACCCAGGUGAACAUCAGCGCUGAAGCGGGCAUCACUGGCGGAGCGACGGGGCCUCAGUUCAUCAUCCAGGCCAUCCCGGGGAUGCAGGGAGGGGUCGUGAACCUGGCCGACCUCAUCAAAUCCAACUCAGGCGACACUGAGGAGGCCAUCGCUGCCAGCACCCUGGAUUCCAGCAUCCAACAAAUGGUCAGUGAGGGAGGUCAAAGGGUCAUCACCAUAGUUACAGAUCAGCAUGGCAACCUGCAGACGACGGGCGGGCUGUCACAGCCGUUCUUUGUGACCAUGCAACAUGGUCAGCAGAUGUUGGCGGUCCCAGCCAACCAGAUCACAGAGGAGGUUGUGGAGGAGGAGCCCCAGCCACCUCCUGCCAGGAAAAGAAAGAUAGAAAUCUCAGCCAAUCACACGGAAGCUGACGACACGGUGUUACUGCAGCGGCAGCUGCAGGAGGCGAACUGCAAGGUGCAGGAGUACCGGCAGCAGCUCAUGCGGAAGGAGCAGGAGGCCGAGCAGUACCGCAUCAAGCUGCAAGCCAUCAGCCACGGCCAGAGCAACGGCAACGCCACGGGCGGGGAGGAGGAGGAGGAGGAGGUGGCCGAGGAGGAGGUGGAAGAGGGCGUGCCGCACGGGGAGAGCGAGGAGGUGGUGGAGGAGGAGGAGGUGGUGAUGGAGAGCUCGGCGCACGGCGGGGAGGAGCUCCUGGUGCUGUCGGAGGGAGCGGUCAUCGUCAAGGCCGAGGAGCUGGACUCAGAGCAACAGCUCACGCUAGUGGAGGCCACGGCCUCCCACACGGAGGUGAUAUCCUAACCACUGCAUGGACAGAACCGACAGGUAGCCGUAUGGACAGAUGGAUGAAAAGAAAGAGAGAGAGAGAGAGAGAGAGAGGUGGGGAAAGAUGGAGAAAUGGAGAGAGGACUCUGCUGGUGUUGGAAAGGGACCGCGUCCUACUGACGUCCUUCAUUUUAUUUUUGUGAUUUUUUUUUUGUUUUUCGUUCGUUUGUUUGUUUGUUUGUUUUACACUCACCUACCCAUGGUGCCUCAGAAGUUUUUUCCCAUGAUGCCCAGAGCCAGGGUGCUUUGAGAAGAGAAGAGACGAGACUACAUCGUUCCCACAGCUUUUCCUCAGGGCCAACAAUAUGCUCGUAGUUUCUCCAUCUGUUAAACCUCUACUUAGCUUUUUUUUGUCUCUGUCUUGUCUGCGAAUUGCAAAAGCCUUAUGGGAGUGUCAUGGUAUUAGAAGGUUUACUGCUCUUUACUGUGAUGUCAGUUCAUUGAGUUUUGAGAGAUUGUGCUCCUGUGACACUUGUUCAGGUUAUGAUCUUGAGUCUGACUCUAUAAUGAUCCCGGUCCAAAACUACAGUGAAUAGCUUUGUUUAAAGAUUUUUUUUACUGAAAUGAGGAAAAUAUUUUUUAGAAUAUAAUAAAAAAAAAAAUACCUUGAUGAGCUAGAAAGAAACACCUGUCAUUCCAAAGUGUGCAUCAAAUGGCUGUAUUGUUUUGGAUGAUUAAACGGCCCAAGACGAUUCAUGAAGUAACAACAAUUACUAUUUCUCUUUGUCCCGAAAUAGAUAUUGUCAUUUUUUUGGAUGCAGGAUCAGUUGUUUGGCUUGUAUGUUAUGCUUGUAAGGUUUAUCAGGGUUCAGCAGUGUAUUGAAAAAUAUAUUGGGAGAAAUUUGUUGCAUAACGAUACAGUUAGGCUAAGAACAACACUACUGUUGCCAUGGAAUAGACUCAUUUUCAAAAAUGGUCAGGACAAAAAGAUGUG